AUGGGUCAGAGACUAAGUGACCCUGUCCCUGAGGUAUCCCAUAGGGAGAAACCAAAGGAGACACAGGAACAUAAAGAUAAACCCAAGGAGAAGAGGAUCCCUCAAGCCCUGACCUUUCUUCAGCUGUUUACACUGCUGAGCUGCGUCAAGGUGAAGAAAACACCCUUUGAUCCCUCCCAGAGUGGUGAUGGGAGAAAGGGAACAACGAUAAACGAUACAAACAACAAUAAUGACUCUGAUACUGGCUUGGACUACUCUGCAGGUGACGUGAAAAGGAUCAAGGACAAGAGUAAAGGAAAGGUUGGGGGAGAGAAACAUAGCAUUGAAUCUCAGGACCAGAAAUGCAGAACGACACAGGAAAAAGAAAAAGACAUUAAACAAAGGCCUAACUCGGUCUCCCCUGAGGAGCAAGCAAAGAAGACCCAGCAGAAAGAGAAGAAGAAGAGCAUCCAUCCAGCUGUGGCGGCCCUGCAGCUGUUCACUCUCUUCUGCUGUGGUGGGAAAGUCAAGCUGAGGAAGUCUCGUCCCUCUCAGAACAGACAGAGUAGAAAGGACCAGGACAAAGAUAAUGCAUCUGAUACUGGUUCAGACUUGUCUGGAGGUGAUGUUACAACCAACAGGGUCAAGGACAAGAUUAAUGGAAAGGUGGGGAGGGAGAAAGACCAGACUAAAGUUCAGCUGUUGAAAUCAUCUCAGGACCACGAACCCGAAAAUCGAAGGACACGCCGGCAAGUGAAGACCCCUGUGGAGGAAAUUAACUUAAGACCUGACUCUCCGACUCUACCACGUGCCCACAGCUCCCUCUCUCAGUUUUCCCUGGCUCGGAACCUGGCCAUCCUCCCGCUGGAGUGGCAGCUACCCGGAGUCCCUCUGCCCACCUCGUCUAUGGCAACUAGGACAGAGAGAAUGCCAUCCUCUACCAACACUUCGACACAUGCGCAGAUGGAAACACAGACAUCAGAUAUGAACACAGACACACAGACCACUUCUACCUCUCAGAGCCAGAUCUCCAUGGUCUCAUCGGAGACCAUGAUAGAUCUUCACACGUCAGACUCCAUUACCCAGACCUCCACUCUUGACAUGGCACUGACCCCUGAGAGCACUAAGGACAUGAUCACUACUGAUGAGGAUGUGAAGGAUGACUCUGCUAAAGAUUUGAUCUCCACCCUAACAGACACCUCUAUGAAGAAAUCCAUCAGUGAGACCAGCCUGAAAGACCUCAUCGCUGAGUAUGAAGGUGACAAUGAGCUGAAGGAUAUGGCUGCCUCCGCUACCCCUGCUACUGAUAAUGCCAAUGAGGAUGCAAUGCUGCUGGAGAUUGCAGCACUUUUUGACUGAUUACAUGUUGACAGUGGAGACCGA